CUCAAUAUGAACAGCAACACAACGUCAGCAAGUGCUGCGAGGCGACCACCAUGAAUACUGCGACUGGAAUACUAUCAUCUUCGUCAUCUACCUUCUUCAACUACAAUCGAUGUCACCAAUUUGUCAUCUCGUCCUUUACUUCAUCUUAUAAAACCCACAUUCGAUCUUCUUGGAAAAGGAGGGUCUGGAGGAGCAUGCCAAUGAAUUCAUCACCACCUUCGUCUUCUUCUUCGUCUUCGUCUUCGUCCUCUUCCUCGUCCUCGUCUUCAUCCCUUUAUAGCGGUGCAUCCGCCACCAAAAUUGAGCCUACUGUAUUAUCGUCGGUUGCCGCAGGGCUACAGACGUUUAAGGAGAAAAUCAAGCCGUCAAAGCAACAACCGUGGCUGAUUGUAGGUCUUGGAAACCCUGGAAAAUUGUAUAACCGCACAAGGCACAAUGUGGGUUUUGAGAUGGUAGAUGCAAUAGCAGAGGCUGAAGGUAUCUCCAUGAGCAAUGUUUCCUUCAAAGCUUUCUUUGGGAAAGGGUGUAUUGGAAAUACUCCAUUGAUGCUUGCCAAGCCACAAACUUUCAUGAAUGUUAGCGGGGAGUCUGUUGGAGCAAUUGUUUCUUUCUGUAAGAUUCCACCAAAGCAAGUACUUGUGAUUUAUGAUGACUUGGAUUUGCCUUUUGGAAAGUUGCGUCUAUUACCAAAAGGUGGACAUGGGGGACACAACGGGAUGAAGAGUAUAAUCAAUCACCUUAAAGGCAACCGUGAGUUUCCCCGUUUAAGAAUAGGUAUUGGGAGGCCUCCAGGCAAGAUGGAAGCUGCAGCUUAUGUUCUUAAACGAUUUAACAAACAAGAAAGUGAGGAGUUGGAUUUCACCUUUCAAACUGGCAUCGAAGCAAUUCGAAUUCUUUUGCUCCAAGGUUUCGACAAGAGUGCGACAUUUGUGAAUUCUCCAAAACCCUUGAAACAUCUUCAAUGAAGCAAUUGUUUCUCCAAUCAUUGGUGACUUAUUUUUGACAUGCAUCGGUACAAACAGGAUUGUUUAAAAAACCUUAGACUAGCCAUUUGGGCAUUCUUUGAUUAAAUUUAUACAAAAAUGACGUAAUUGAUAUGAUAUAACUCAUGUCCACAUGAGGCCAAAAAAUAAUUAGAUUAAGCUUGGUGCGGAGUGCACAUUUGUAUAUGCUAAUUUGAUAUGGGGUUAUGGGUCAAGGACAGUGCCCCAAGCCUCAAGACCCAAAUGGUGUCGGACGAUUGUAAUGUGCAACUAUGUUGGAUGUUGCAUAUCGAUAUGCCUUUUCCUUGUGUUGAUACCCUUGUGGCACCAAAACUACUUCCAACUACCAUUUAAUGUCAUUUGAUGUCUGUCCAUUUUGGAGCAAAACCAUGUUAUAAUUAUAGAGAUAUAAGUGUGUACAAGGAUGUUAUCUUCCGUUUUCCAGAGUUAUAAUUAAAUCAAGAGAUGUUAUCUGUUAACGCCACUAGCCACAAGCGAAUUGCAUGCCAAAGAUGUGCAAGUCAUGUCUAGAAGAACAACUUAGUGAGUGGGUGAAACUCUCUAUUAAUUAAUGACGAAGUUAUCCGAAAUAGAGCCUUGUGGGCGGGUGAUCAUCAAAUCAAUAGAUGUCAUCAUGUUUAGAGGAUAACCAAUAGGCAGUUUCAAGUCUUUGACUUGUAACAUAUGGAGUACGAUAAUUGAAUCUUGAACGAUCGGUAAGGGGGCGCGGAGUCGUCAUGCGGUUUGGAAAUGG